GAAAGGUUCGGCAAGGACGGAUCAUCCAGGAGUGCCAGGACAUCCCCUUGCUGCCCUCGUUUGCUUUUUUGCUUUCCGCCCUCCCUGCAUCCAGUUCGCCGAGCUUGCUUUUCCUCAGCUGACCUCUCUUCUCCGGCCUCGCCAUCGCGUCAGUAGCGUGCAGCCUUGAUGCCCUCGAGCGUCUGAAUGCCCUGGUAGUCGCCCUCACCACCCACUCAUGACGGUGGAAACGGAGCGGACGCUGCCGGCGCCCCUCCUGCCGCCGUUGGACGCGAGCAAGCCGUCAUGCAAGGAGGAGGACAAGUCUGAGCAGUCCACCGACGCCACCAGUGGGGUGAAUGCAAAGACGCCCCAGGACAAGGACGAUGACGCCCACAUGUCUCCCCUACACGCACACGAGGCGGCAGGAGAGGUGCCCAAGCAUCGCCAUACUCGGGAAGGGGUCCAGACGAGGGCAUCUCGAUCAAGAUCCGAUCGCAGCAGAGAUGAUCAUGCAGCAGCAGCCGAGCCAGCAGAGUUGGGUGGGUCUAGGGCGCCGUACGGCAAGAAGGGGGGCGGGGGGAAGGCCGGGGGCCCGGUGGGCGGUGCCAGUGGCGGGUCGAGCAAGAACAAGCGGUCGUCCGAGCAGGCCUUGUUGAGGAAGCUGAACAAGAAGGGCCGCAACAAUCACUUCAUGGUGAGCGAGGGGGAGGGAGAGGGGAGGUGAUGGACGAACGGAGAGAUCCACUGCAUUCUGAUGGAUGCGGCCUUUGGUUUGUGUCUUGACCGUCUGCAGAAAGGGGUGAAGCGAAAGGCAGAGCCGCUUCUAUCGGGUAUGGGCAGUGGAGGAGGCCAAAAAAGGGAGGGACGUGCUGGCAUUCAUCUCUCUCUCUCUCUCUGUGUGUGUGUGUGUGUGUGUGUGCAGACGACUUUCGAGCGUUGGUUCUAUCGGUUCAGUACCGUGACAAGAAGAUCAGCCUCUCGCCAGAUAGACUCACCGCCACGGGCGAAAAGGUACACGGCAGGCCAGAGCCGAUGUGCACACCACACUGUUGGUGUGUGUUGUGCAUCGCAUCGAUCGACCGACUGACCAGGGGUAUCGAACGGUGAUGGCCAGUCACGGCAGUGACCACGGUAGCUGGUAUUUCGAGGCCACGGUGGAGCCGCCACCGAGGGCACACCCAUUCCCCAAACACAAACACGAGUGUGGUGGGCCACACGCACGGUAGGCACACGCAUGGAAGAAAGGAUCCAUCCAUCCAUCCCUGUGAGUGUCGGUUCGGUUCGCAGUAUUGGUUGGGCGUGUCGUUACACGAGAUGGGACUUCCCCGCGGGCAUGAAUGCCUUUGGUCUGUAAGACAGCCGCCACACAGCGCCACGCCCACCCACACCCAUCGCUCACGUGUGCUGUGGUCCGUCCGUAUGUGUGUCUGUGAUGUCAUUAGGGUACUGCAUUCGCGACUGCGAUGGCCGGGUGGUCCAGAACGGCCGGACCAACGACUAUGCUGAGCCAUUCGGUCAGCUAGCUGACUACACGCACACACACAGUGAGAGAGAGCGUGUGUAUGUGAAUGUGUGCGUCCAUGUGUGCAGGUGUGGGCGAUACGGUUGGCUGCAUGAUCACGCUGCCGCACCCCCGCAACCCGCUGCCCACAGAGGACCCCAGGGACAAACCGCACCUCGUGCACUUCCUAUCGAGUAUGGUUGGAUGGGAUGACACCCACAAACACACACCAAGUCAGACAAGGGCCCACCACACAUGGCAUGGUUUGUGUAUUCUGUCUGUCUGUCACAUCCAUCCAUCAGAGGGUCUGCUGUGUGACCCCGAGAAGCCUCCCACCCCCAUCCCCUCCGAGGGGUCGUCCGUGGCCUUCACUGUCAACGGCAAAGGGUGCGUACCGAUACAUAAGCCCCCACGCUCGGCACAGAGAAUACCCCCUAGUAGUUAAUGUAAUGGCCUCCUCCCUCCCCUCCCUGUGUCGCAUACAUGUCAUGUGUGUGUCAAACGAUGAUUCAGGUACGGCUCAGCGUUCACGGGGCUCAACGAGGGCAAGUACUACCCCGUGGUGUCGCUGUACAUGGGCGCAUCGGUGCGGCUGAACUUCGGCCCCAAGUUCGCCCACCCACCGCCACCCGGCGUCCGCCCCGCAUGCGAGUUCUUCUACCAGAGAAGACGCGGCAUCCCCAACACACUCAGACCACACCACCAGCACCAACCACACAGACCCGGCGACGCCAAGAGGCAGAAAGUGGGCGACCACCAUCCCCCCCACCAGCACCAGCCGUCUUCGUCGGCUGCUGCUGCUCCUCCUCCUGCUGCUGCUGCCACUGCCCGUCCAUUCCCCCCUCCGCCACCAUUGUUUCCGCCCGACGAGCCGCCAAAGCCCCCAGCAGAGAGCCAGGGGGAGGAGUGCCGCCAAGGGGGAGGGGGUGAGGAGGCGAUGGCGGCCAUGGCGGAGGAGGGCAAGCCCGACGGUGGCGGGGUGGGUGGGGAUAUCGGUGGGAGUGGGGACGGGGCUGUAGCUACAGAAGUAGCUGCUGCUGAGGAGAUGCAUAACCAGGAUGGCGAAUCGCUCUUUUCGGUCGAUGGAUCGAGGAGCAUCUGACUGAGUGAGCGUGUGGGGGAUGCCCCAUGGUUCGGAUGGCUAACGGUUUGAGCGAGGUGG